AUGGUCAAUGUGCUUUCCUGGAGAAACUCUGGUGGUUCGGGUUUAGCCAAACGAGACCCAUCAGCAGCCUCCUCUUCAUUCCUUGGCUUAAUCAACCACCACAAAUAUACCCUCAAGAAGAAUACAGCGUAUCAUCAUGAUAGGCUUACUUUCCUUGUUUUAUUAAUUUCUCUCCUGAUAUUAUGUAACUAUGCUGCACCAUUUAUUUCAUCAUCAUUAUCGUAUACAAUCUCUGAUCAAGAGAUUGUCAUUGAACAAGUAAAAGCAUGGAAAUAUAAACAACGAAGUUUCAUCCGAGUUAUUGAGGGAGAUGUGUUAAAGGAACGAACAACAAUGAUAGAGACCAGAGAAAAACCGAAAGCGGUCGAUGUCUAUGAUGCAAUCGGAGAGGCAAAAGCCCAUAUCGAACGAGUCAACAUAAACAGCCCAGUGCUUGGUAAUAUGACCCAAUUGGCUUGGGAUAAGCUGGUGCAAGUGGUUAGCCGAGAGCUUGAGCUGGAACAUAUUCUGGUUAUGGGAAGGCGUUCGAUUUUUGAUUUAGGAGAAAAGUGUGCAACAGGCAUCAAUGUAAGUGUUGUCAUUUGCCUCGUCGAAGCAGCUCAACACAUUUUCAACAAGAAUUUCACCGAGUAUGUCUACGGAGAAGAAAUGUUUUUCAGAGGCAAGCAUUUUAACAUUUCCCGAGAUCAAUAUUUAACCUUUGAAACGGGAAAACCUAUAGAUUUUGUUCAGAAUAGAACAACAUCAAGAAUUACCAACAGAAUUAGCGCUGGAUCGAAACAUGUUCUUGUGCUCAUGCCGAACGGUAAGGUAUAUUCCACAGGUGUCUAUGUGAAUGGAAACUUGGGAAGAACCAUGACGGAUUCAAAAAUUGUUUAUAAUGCUCCUGUUGAAAAUCUAGAAGGUCACAAAAUAUUACAAAUUGAAUCGAACAUGAACAGUAACUUAAUCUUGACGGAUAAGGGUGUUUAUGGGUUCGGCGAGAAUGCCAAUUCUCAAAUGGGCACCGGAGGAACCAAAACCGUUCUGACUCCAACAAGAAUCAACGGCUUUAAUUUCAACACUACGAUCGUGCAAAUUGCGAUGGGGUACUCCUUCUCUUUUGCAAUCGAUAUCACAGGAAAACUAUGGGCCUGGGGCAAUAAUAAGGAUGGUCAAUUGGGUGAUCGAACGUGGGACGAUAAGAAUCGACCCUUCUCUGUUUACAGAUAUGGAGCCUUAUUGAAUCAGACUGUUUACAGAGUGUGUGGAGGUUGGAAACAUGCUCUCAUUUUAACAACGAAUGGUUCACUCUAUGCCAUGGGCGACAAUUCAUUAGGUCAGUUAGGAACCAACUCGAAUGUCAACAGCGGAGAACCUGUGAAAGUGAAAAUGGAUAACUUUGUGUUUCGAACAGUCAUUGAUAUUCAAUGCGGAUACGGUCACAAUCUUGCAUUGACAUCAAGCGGAGAAGUAUUUUCAUGGGGCUAUAAUGCCUAUGGGCAAAUCGGUGACGGCACUACAUCCAAUGUUCUAAAACCCAAGCUUGUUUCUGGCCUUAGCGACUGCAACGUGAAGAAAAUUCACACCAAAGCUAAUGUCAAUAUUGUACUUUGCUCCAAUAACACUAUCUUUGUAUGGGGAAAGAAUGAUGUGAAUCAAACAGGAACGGGUCUUUCCUCAACAGCCAUUUCACUUCCAACCCGAAUCGACUACACACAGCAACCAAUUAUCGACAUGACAUCCUCAGAGAAUUACUCAUUCUUGUUUUUGGCAGAUGGCUCUAUUCAUGCCGCCGGUAUUUGUAACAAUGUGCAAUAUUUCUAUGGACAUGACUGUCUCGAUUCUCAACCUGCCUUAUUGCCUGGUGCCGUACCCAAUGAUCCUAAGCGAUAUGUUUUUUCUUUGGAUGGCAAGUUUACCAAAGUAAGGCUUCAAGACAACAUGGCCAUUCCAUGGUAUGAGAGAAAACUGGUCUACUUUGAAAUGGGAGAAGAUGGAUAUUUACUCAAACCUGAUGUGACUGUACCCACUCGAACCUGGAAUGGAUUCAGCAUGUACACUACGAAUGUCACCAAAAACAAUAAUUGGACCAUAUUGGAAUAUAACAAUUCCACAAAUGAGGGAUUUCCUGUUUCCAUUUAUAACUCACACUUUUUAAAACUCAACGAGUACAUGUAUUUAUUUGGAGGAUUCAUCAAUGACGAAAUCUCCAACUCAAUCUACCGAUGUCCAAUUUAUACACUAACACAGGAAUGGGAAUUGGUGAAUGUGACGCUUCCAAUACCUUUAGCGUCUGGCAGCAUUCAGGUCAUUGGAGAUUUCGUCUAUAUAUUUGGAGGAAUGUCAAGAUUGUAUUAUUACAAUGAAACAUGGGAUGAAGGACCUACAAUUGCUCCAAUCAUUGUGGACACCAUCUUAAGGGCACCAUUAUCCAAUGUUGUAUCAUUUGAAAUUGUACCUAACAAGAAAAUUUCGACUCCGCUACACUCCGCCUACUCGGAAAUCGUCGGUGACUAUGUCUACCUAUUUGGAGGCUCCAAUGAAUUGCACAAUUCGACCUUUAACAUCUUUAGAGCUCCCUUAUCUGAUCCAACCACUUGGCAAAUGACCUUUGGUCUUUUACCAUUCUAUUCAAUCAAUACAGGAACAUUUGUGUCCACCAACAGCUCUCUCUAUAUCUUUAAUGGAGGAAAUAGCACAACAGCAAGUGGUGGACCCUACAUGGCAGUAGCCAGCACCAAUGAUCCUGUCGAGUCGUGGAUGCUCUACCAGGAUCCAAUCCUAACCACUGACACCUGGUGUAAAAAGUACAGAUUAUUAUGUUUGUACUGCAACGGUGUUCCAGCUACUCAUCCCAGUGUUUGCUCGUCCGCUGGUGAUUGUGCAGACUACGACACUUGUGUAUGCACACCAGGAAGAAGCGGCAAAAAUUGUGAGCUGGUCAGCAUUUUGGCCUAUGACAAUAUUCGAAGGUAUGCCGAUGGCACCUAUGCUUCAUCAUGUGAAGAGUACAAAAAUCCAAGUAACACUUCUAGAAUCUAUUCUGGAUUUAUUGGCAAUGGCUUUUACAUGCUUCAGCCAUAUCCAGGAAUGCCUCCAGUCCUUGAAUUUUGUGAUAUGACACCCAAGCUACCGAAUUACCCUAGCCAUCACCCCGAAAUUAUUUCAGUUCAAACAACAUCAAACACGAUACAGACCUACUACCGCUUACUCAAAUAUUCAAACUCUAUCACAAACCUGGGAAAUGGCAUUUAUAAAUUACAGUACGACUUAUCCAGGGCUUCUCUAUUCUCCAACAAUCAGGUACGUGAUAACCAAGUAACACCUCAACUGCAGAUGCUUUGUACGACUCCCUACGUUGGAGCUCCUGUGUUGUGUAGUUAUGCUGGAGUGUGCACCAACAACAAGUGUGUGUGUGGUACUGAGAGGUAUGGAAGUGAUUGUCGAACUGUUGGUAUUGUCAACUAUGGAGGGGCUCGAAGAUAUGCAGACUUGACCUUCGCCACUUCCUGUUAUUACUACAGAUUCCCAUCGAACUCGAGUAGACUUUAUUCUGGUGACAUUGGUGAUGGCAUGUACUUGAUUCAACCAGAUUCCACUAAAGAUCCAGUUCAAGUUUUUUGUGACAUGACAUCGAAAGAUAAGAAUGGAUACGAUAAUUCUGGUUGGACCUUGGUUUACAAGUAUCCAAAACGAGUGGCUGACGAUCCUUAUACCAUUUGGACUAGCACUAGUGACACAUUUGGAACACCAAACAAAUUCCGCGAAGACAUUUAUCACUUGGCUACUGUGAAGAACAGUUGGUCAGUCUUCUCAGAGGCAAGAGUUGAAAUUACAGCUGGAGGCUCAGUCAAGAAAUAUAUUGUCUUUAGGCUUGGAACAGACAAAAAUAUAUGGUUCGAUAAGUUUUCCGUUUCCCAUUCUUCUUGGGCACUAGAUACGGGUAUAUAUCAGUUUUUCUCUGCAGUUGGUGACAAUGCAAAUAACAGAAGGUGGGCCAUCAUUCGGUCAUACUUCAAUUGUCCUGGAGAUCAUGGUUGGCUUGCAAUGCCAUACAGUGAUGUCUGUGCUGGAACUUGGCCGCUUGAACCUUAUGGUCGUACCAUCCUUUACACGAGUGCAGACACAUCAACUUAUUUCAAGGAUAUGCUUAAGGCUGACACGUUUAUUAUUAUGUUGCGAUAA